AUGGCAGCCCGUAACUUGACCUCUCGGUCACCACAUAUGGAAUCCAACUCCAGUGAGGGCUCCACCACGGACCCGUUUAACCAAGAGUAUGAGUCGCAAAGCUACGACGAGUCUUCCUCCAACUCCAACGGUUCCAAGGUGAACGACGACCAGAAACGGUUUUUGAGCUAUGACGGAAACUAUCGUGAUUCUUCUUCGUCUAUCAUAAACCCUUUUGGCUCCAACAACAACCUCACCACGCAGCCUCUAGACUACGACCGGUACCCUCAAGGACUGACCGGUUCGAGAGCUGUGUCGACUGGUUCCAACGGUACUGGUUCAGAUCCAUUCCAAGGAAAGCGCUACAGCGACUCUUCUUCUCAGAACUCUGAGAAAUCCUCAAAUCCAUUUUUGGUUGACACAGAUUUUUCUCCGUUUGGAGGAUACCCAGCAUCUUCUUUCCCUCUCCAUAUCGACGAGAAGGAGGAGGAUGACUACCUACACAACCCAGACCCUAUUGCAGACGAGCAGUAUGAUAAACACAGAUUCAAACACGACCUCAAAAACAUGGAUAAACGUUCGUUAAGUGCCUUAAUUGGAUGUGUUGUCCUCGGACUCGGUCUAUUAUGUCUUUUCGUUGUCUGGCCCGCUCUUACCUUCACAGGAGUUACCGACCACUUGGACAGCAAGCCUUAUCAUGAUACAUACACCGUGUUGUCGGAAUACGUGUAUCCACAGCUCAGUGCCAUUAGAACAUCUUUGGUCGACAGUGACACUCCAGACAGCGCAAAGACCAGAAAAGCAAAGGAUGGUAGUUUGUGGUCUCUCGUUUUCAGUGAUGAAUUUGCUGCUGAGGGACGUACUUUCUACGAUGGUGAUGACCAGUUCUGGUACGCUCCUGAUUUCCAUUACGCCGCUACUCAGGAUCUUGAAUGGUACGACCCCGACGCUGUGACCACCUCCAACGGUACUUUGCAGCUUCGUAUGGACGCCUUCAAGAACCACAACCUGUUCUACAGAUCCGGUAUGCUUCACUCCUGGAACAGAAUGUGCUUUACCCAAGGUGUUAUGGAAGUUUCUGCUAAAUUCCCAAACUACGGUAACGUCAGUGGACUGUGGCCAGGUAUGUGGUCUAUGGGUAAUCUUGGUCGUCCAGGAUACAUGGCUACCACCGAAGGUGUCUGGCCGUAUUCUUAUGAAGCAUGUGAUGCUGGUAUCACUGCUAACCAAUCUUCUCCAGAUGGAAUUUCAUAUUUGCCGGGACAAAAAUUGAACAGCUGUACCUGUAACGGCGAGGACCAUCCUAACCAAGGUGUUGGAAGAGGCGCGCCUGAAAUCGAUAUCAUUGAAGGUGAAGUCGACACUACCGCCGGAAACGGUGUUGCUUCUCAGUCUCUUCAGCUGGCUCCUAUGGAUAUUUGGUAUUACCCAGAUUACAACUUUGUGGAAAUUUACAAUGCUUCUGUCACCUCCGUCAACACAUAUACCGGUGGACCUUAUCAACAGGCUCUUUCGGCAACAACAACAUUGAACACAACCUGGUACCAGUUUGGAAACUCCACACACCGCUUCCAAAAAUACGCCUACGAGUACCUGAACGACAACGACGAUGGAUAUUUGAGAUGGUUUGUUGGUGAUGACCCAACGAUGACUGUCCAUGCAUAUGCCUUGGCUCCUAACGGUAACAUCGACUGGAGAAGAAUUUCCAAGGAACCAAUGUCGAUGAUUUUGAACUUGGGUAUUUCGAACAACUGGGCCUACAUUGACUGGCCAUCUAUUGCGUUCCCAGUCACGAUGGAAAUCGAUUAUGUGAGAAUCUACCAACCUAACGACUCUGUGAGUGUGACGUGUGAUCCUUCAGGAUACCCAACGUACGACUACAUCAACGACCAUCCUAAGGCAUAUGAAGACUGGAACAUGACGAGCUGGGAGGAUGCUGGCUACUCGUUCCCAAAGAACAAACUCACGGGAUGUUGA